UUGCAUACUUUGUCUUUAUUACUGUACUCUACACACUCCAUGUUCAUCCAUAAUCAAGUGUCCUUGGCCAACCCUAAGAUGAUGUCAAUUGAUCCUGCCCUCCCCACUACCAUGCAGAACUACCUACCGACUUUUAAUUUGGUUCCAUCUCAGUCCCUCCGAGUCCACACAGAUACCCAGAUGGCCCAACCUCAUGAUGCAUUCAGACUGGAUGGAUUUAUAAAUCUGUGUGAUCAUCACACCGUAGCACAGUCACGGAGUCCAAUAGAGAGGACUACAAGCAAGGACAACCAGGCAUUUAUCUCCCUUAGUUCUUCUCAAGACUCCCUUGACUGCUCAAGUUGGACUCAUUCCAUCUCAGAACUUCCUGCAUUUGCGUCUGUAAGCAGUGAGGAUAUCGGAGGCGAUUUGUUUGCAUCAACAACACCUACCUCACAGAAUCGGCAUUACUGGAGAGAUGUGGAGGAUUUGAGUCACUGGCAGUGUGAGUUCAGGGGUCAAAUCAGAGCGCUGAGACAAUGGCUGAUGUGCAUGGAGAUGAGGCUGCCCCCCCUGAACCCCACGCUCCAAAGUGAUGGGCACUCAAGCUCAGACCAAGAUUCAUGUCUGGAUAAAUGGAGGAGCACCAAGUCUCCACUGUCCCCGAAAGACAUCUCUACAGAUACUGAGACGUUCCUCCAAAACCUGGAAGCAUUGCUCACAUGGGUGUGUGAGAUAGAAGAGCUCACAGCAAAUCAGAAACCUCCAUCCUCAGAGGUCAAAGUGGUGAAAGCACAACUUCAAGAACAAAGGCUUCUACAACGCCUCCUAAAAGACAGAUGGGAAAGUAUGGAUACUAUGUUGUCCGAGGGUCCUCGGCUAGUGGAGGCUCACCCAGGCGAAGAGGGGGAGCAGGCAAAGGUCAAGCUCUCUGCUCUCAAACACAAGUGGGAGUCAUUACAGCAAGUGGCGGAGCAAAGGAGGGUCAGUCUGGAGUGCAUUCUACCUAGAGCCCAGCAUUUCCAGGAAGGUACAGACAGUUUGCAGCUGUGGCUCAUAUCUGUGGAGCAGGUCCUUGCUGAACUACGUAAUGCAGAAAGAGUGAUGCUGCAUCUCUCAGAGGCCACAGACAGGGCAAAGGCCGUCACUGUUGAGAUUCAGGUUAAAGCUGCUGAGCUAGGAAAACUUCAGAACACAGGUCGUGAUCUCAUGGAAGUGAUUUCAGAGGAGGAAGGUCACCAGGUGCAGGAGAAGUUAGAUGGCCUCCGUAUCCGAUGCUCUGUGCUAAAUCUGAGCAGCCUGGAUGUACUCCAAAGAUUGGAACAAGCCCUGGAGGCCUCUAGCCGCUGUACAUCCAGCCAGGAGGACCUCCACCUGUGGCUGGGCCGCAUUGAGAGGGAGCUCUUGGGUGCAGCUGGGGCACAGACACACGCAGGAGAUGCAGUUCUAUGCACAGCUGAAAGACAGAGGCUAGAACAAGCUGUGGUGAAAGAGGUGACUUGGUUCAAGGACACAGCACUAAGACUUGAACGGCUGAAAACUGUUCUUCUGGAUCCACUGCUCAUAUCGGAUCAACUCAAUGAGCAGAAGAUUUUGGCUGUGGAGAUUCUCCAACACAGGUUCAACAUUGAGAAGAUGGUUAAGAUUGCUGAAAUCUUGCAAACUUACAGCGAUGAAGGAGAAGCGACCAAUCUGCAGACACCAUUAGAUGCCUUACAGGAGCAAUGCUACACCACUUCAGCCACUAAUUCCCAUGUGGUUCUACAGCUUGAGCAUGCUCAGUCACUUCUUGUGCAGUUCUCAGAGGGCCAUGCUGAGGUUUCACCCUGGCUAGAAGAAACACAAGGUCUCAUUGGGCAGCUCUCCCUCAGCACGAUUAGCUAUGAAGCAUUCCGUCAACAACAAGACCUUUUACAGGGUCUGAGGGAGUCAAUAGCAGAGCAUAGACCCUUGAUCUCACGCCUGUGCUCCUUGGCGAAACGCCUGUCAGAGCUUAAUCCAAUUCAAGGAGAGGAAUUUUGUCGUCUGGCAACCGAGGCUGAGGAGCGGCAUCAAGCCAUCAGAAAUCGUGUCAGGGAGACCGCCAGUAUUCUUGAAGAGGCCUUACCCAGAUUCACUCAGCUGAAUGAGAGAAUGAGUCUUCUCAGAGACAGGCUUGACCGCCUGCUCAGUCAAAUCCAAACUCCGACGUCGCUUCAAGGCCUGACACCGAGGAUUCAAGAGCAGCUGCAUGACAACAAGCACACACUGGCCGAACUCUCCAAGUUGGAGCUCAGCCUCCGCAGUGUCAAGACACAGACAGACGACUUGCUGGCUAACACACAGGCAACUGGGGAUACAUCCAUUGGCACAGCAAUCCAGGAGCAAGUGUCUACCCUUUCCCAGCUGUUGUCUGAGACACUCAGUGAGGUUCAAGAGAGGGAAAGGUGGCUGCUGAAACUGCUCGACCUUUCCAUUAAGUUUUGGAAUGGCAUUUCCGAUGUCACAUCAGCUCUUAAUGAUGCUCAGCAGGCAGUUUUGGAUCUCAACACAAGCCAGACAGACACUGAAACAAUUCGCCAGAGCCUGGAGACCAUGCAGACCCUCAGGGAGGAUAUUGACACUUUACAAGGAGAUCUAGACACUCUUGGUGUUCUUGGAAUGGACCUGAUGUCAGCAUGUGGGGACACAGACAAACCAGAUGUCACAAAGAGUCUGGAUGAACUUUAUUGUGUGUGGAACAACUUGAGCAAACUGUGGAAUGACUGUCACAAGAAGCUGGAGGAUUCAUUGCAGAUGGCCUUACAUUAUCAAGAUACUAUGCAGGGGCUUUUUGAGUGGCUGAAAUCUGCAGAGCUGAGGUCAACUGAAGAGUUCAUGGUUGGAACUGACCUGGAGUCAGUGAAAGACCAGCUACGUGAUCUCAAGGAAUUUAAACGAGAACUUUACCAGAAGAAGAUUGAAAUAGAAAGCCAAAACCAUCGCUUUGUGUGUCGACUGUCUCCGGGUUCAGAACGUCCAUGCUCAGUCUCACCACUGUGCGACUUUCGACUGCGUUGGGACAGUUUGGAGUCAGAGACCGUCAACAGACAGCAUCAACUGGAGUGUGCACUACUGAGUCUGGGUCAAUUCCAGAACGCACUGGAUGAACUGCACACAUGGCUUGCCCGUACUGCUGAACAACUCCAGGGCAAGCAGCCAAUCAGUAUCGACCUGCAGGCCUGUGAAAUAGAGCUGGCCAAACAUAAGGUCUUGCGUAAUGAUGUCAUGUCCCAUGUACGCACCGUGGCGUCCCUGAACCAGGCCGGUAAAGAGUUGCUGGAGGUUGGCCCUGGGGACUGUGCGCACGGUUUGCAGUCUCGACUAGAGAAACUCAAUGAAAGCUGGGAGUUUGUUCGCUGUGAGACUGAACGUUGUCAGCUGGAAUUAGAAAACAGACUCAGUCAGGUGCAAGACAUUACAUUGGAUAUUCAGGACCUCCUGCAGUGGCUGGACAGCACAGAUAUCAGAUUGUCAUCCUCCAUAAGCAUGUGGGGCAUGCCAGACACCGCCACUGAGAGGCUUAAUGCUCAUGUUGAGUUGUGCAAUGAGAUGGAGUCAAAGCUUCACAUGUACACAAAUAUGAAAAAUGCCAUCUACAGAAUGCUGGAAGACAGUAACAUUGUGCGGGGAUCAAAUACAGAGCACAGCCUGUCAAUUCUGGAACAGAGAUGGACUUCUGUAUACAACAAAGUUCAGGAGCGAAAGGCAAAGCUUACAAAAGGUUUGGGUCUGGCCAAGGAAUUCCACAGUAACGUCCAGGACCUUCUCACUAAGAUGACCAAGUGUGAGGAGUCUAUUGGGAUCCUACCAACUCCCAGCUUUGUUCUGGAGACUGUUUGUAACCAACUGCAGGAUCACAGAACACUGGUGGAUGAAAUGAAUGGUUACGGAGAAAAGAAAACCACAGUGGAGAAUGCUGGCAGUAGACUUGCAGAGCUUAGCAGGAAAGAAGACUGUGACAUUAUCCAUAACCUCAUCAUGACCAUCCAGGAUCGGUACAAAAAACUACAACAGUGUAUUUCCGAAAGAGGCAAGAUGCUGGAUGAGGUCAAAAAGAAUGCCAAACAGUUUAAUAAAUCCUGGCAUAUCUUGGUGGAAUGGAUGACAGAGGUAGAAGAGACCUUAGACACACAUAAAGAGAUUGCGCCAUCUCAUGAGGAGAUUAAACAACAACUAACUGAGCAGAAGGAGUUCCAGAAACUGCUGCGAUCCAAGAGGCCCAUGUAUGAGGCCACACUGAAGAGUGGCCGCAACCUUCACGAAAGAGCUCAAAGCAGCCAUGACAGACAGCACCUGAAAAACCUUCUGGCUGAACUAAAAGACACCUGGGACACAGUCAGUGCAAAGUCCAUGGAGAGACAACAUAAACUGGAGGAAGCUUUGCUGUUCUCAGGGAGAUUCACUGAUGCUCUUCACGCACUGAAUGACUGGCUGUAUAGAGCUGAGCCCCACCUAGCUGAGGAUGUUCCUGUCAGUGGAGACAAAGACAUGGUCAACAAUCUGAUCGACACACACAAGGCAUUCCAAAAGGAACUGGGGAAGCGAGCCGGGUGCAUAAAGACCCUAAAGCGCUCAGUCAGGGAUCUGACCAGGAGCAGUACAGCUGAUGCACACUGGCUGCAGGAGCAGAUGGAUGAACUGGAAACCCGCUGGGAGGUGGUUUGCAAACUGUCAGUCAGCAAGCAAGACAGACUGGAGGUUGCGCUUCAGCAGGCUGAGAAAUUUGAUGGCCUAGUCCACUCUUUCAUGGAGCGCCUUACUGAGGCAGAGAGGAUAUUAAAAUAUGGGGUCAUACCAGAAGAGGAGGAGAGUCUGCUUGCUUUCUGCAAACAACAUGAGGAGUCAGUGGUUACUUUGCAGGCUCAGGCAGUGGAGUUGGAAAAUAUACAGUGUCUAGGCGAAGAGAUCCUCUCAUCCUGUCAUCCAGACUCUGUUAUCACCCUCAAGUCUUGGAUGGGUGUCACCAAAACCCGCUAUGAGGAGGUUCUGACAUGGGCCCAGCAGCAGGACUUAAAGAUCCAGACCAGUUUAGCAUCGCUAGAGGCAGAGAGAGCUGAAGUCCAGAGGCUGUUGGAGUGGAUAUCCUCAGCACAAGAAGCUCUCAACAUCAGAGAUGAAGAGCCUUUGCCUGAAAACACAGAACAGAACCAAGAGCUCAUUGAGCAACAUGCUGUAUUCAUGGAGGAGUUAAAUAUAAAGUUCCCAGAGGUUGAAAACGCAACAAAGUCCUGCAAACAUAAGAAUGUUUCUAAACAGCUCGUUUCCCCCAACAAACGACCACUCACAAAGAGGAGGAGCACAAUGAAACUGCAGCCCGCGGCACCACUCCCACUGGGGCACCUUGACCCCCAGACGCCACAGCUCAGUCAACUGGUCAGUCAGUGGCAGAAACUUUGGCUCCUGGCUCUGGCGAGACAAAAACAUUUGGACCAACACCAGCAAACACUGAAAGAGAUGGAAGAAUUUGCCAACUUUGACUUUAAUAUUUGGCGAAAACGCUACAUUCAGUGGAUCAGCCAUCUGAAGUCUCGGAUCUUAGACGUGUUCCGCAACAUUGACAAGGAUCAAGAUGGACGUAUCAGUCAGAAGGAGUUCAUCGACUAUGUACUUGCUUCUAAGUUCCCUACCAACUCUUUAGAGAUGAAUGCAGUGGCAAACAUCUUUGACAUGAAUAGUGACGGCUUCAUUGAUUACUAUGAGUUUGUGAGUGCACUGCACCCAAGCAGAGAUCCCUACAGGAAAACUCUGGAUGCAGAUCAAAUCAAUGAAGAGGUGAGUCGUCAGGUAUCUCAGUGUAACUGCCCCAAGAGGUUCCAAGUGGAGCAGAUCAGUGCCAAUAGAUACAGGUUUGGAGACUCCCAACAGCUGCGGAUGGUUCGCAUCCUGCGGAGCACACUGAUGGUCAGAGUGGGAGGAGGUUGGACUGCUCUAGAUGAGUUCUUGGUGAAGAAUGAUCCCUGCAGAGUAAAAGGUCGGACCAACCUGAAGAUCAAGGAGAAGUACUUGUCUCCAACAGGAAGCACCUCUAAAGGCUUGACUGUCAGCAGGUCUAAUUCAAGCCUCAGUCUCUACAGCAGUGCCUCUGCCCCCACCAGCCCCAUGACACGCAAGGCUUUACUUCGCCGAAGCUUGUCAGGCGACCGCUGCAUUCGUCCAAGAAGUUCCAUCGCUGCUCUGGGAUCUGAACUCCAGUUUGUCUCAACAGAGGGAGACAACUCUCUAUCACCAUCAGAGGAAGCUGAGAGGCUGCUCCCCACAUGAUCGCAUUUGCCCCAGAGGUCCAUGUGUUUUCUAAACCCAAACAGCCACACGGCCCUGAGACACAGUGAUAAGUAGAGUACAGCGAUUUAGAGGCCAAACAAAGCAAAAACAAAAUCAUGCCCUGAAGAGAAAGUACUGUGGAGGUCAGGAUGCAGAAAUAUUUGCACCUUUGGGAUGCCUGUGUGAAAAUAAAGACAUUGACACUGUCCCUCCAGGUGUGAAUCAAGCUAUUUUAUACUCCCUGUUCCAAUUCUCACAGUAGAAUUGCAUUGCUUAGAGAAUAGUUGUGUAUGCAUGGAAACGUAAUGCAUGGUAGCCUGAGCCUUGCAACAUCAUAAAUUGCCAACUGCUGGAUGGUGUAAUUGUCCAUCAUGGACACUUGUAUGUUAAUAUUUGUGCACAAAUCGUGUUUCAAAAACACAAUUACCCAAACAAAUUAGUGUGCAAGGCUACAGUGUGUUGGUCUUGAACCGUGUGAUGUUAUUUGUUGUUUGCCAUAAAGGUGAUGCUGUUGGCAGGGCCACAAUGUUGUGUCUAUUUUUAUUUUAUUUUAUUUACAGUCCUGCAAUGUUGGGAUAUUUUAAACACCGAAGAUUGUGUACUGAACAAUGCACUGAUGGUUGACAGGCCGUUGUUGAUUGAUUUGCUGAGAUUACUUUCUCAGGAUUGGUUUUGCCUUUGGAUGUAUUUUUUUUAUACGCUGUGAAAAUAUACUGUGCAUGUGCUUUUUCAUUUUUACUCUAGCCAUGUUUUCUUUAGCGCAUUUUUUUUUCCCAUUUCAAAAGCACUUUCUGUCAGACUAUGUUGGAUGAUCAAACACGAAAUUUGGCAGUUGUAAAGUACAUGUUAAAAUGCCAAACAAUAUUUUUGUAUAUAUUUCACAGAUUUAUACUCGGACGUUGCAAAAUUUACAAAUGGAUAUUCAGCUGUUUUCUUUUUCCUAUUCAGUAUCUUGUACCAAAAGUACCUGUCUAGAUGUUUUUACUUUUUGUUCUUCAUUUAACAUCUCUACACCCCCUCUAUAUGUUAAACACGUGAGCCAUCACACCAUUGUACCCUGAGGCAACAGGAAUAUUCAUUUUCACCAGUAACUUAAUUUUUAAGGCGGCAAAAAUGCAAACUAUUUGGUUGUUUUUUCCACAUCUAUUCGACAUUAUGAUUAUGAUGACACAAUUUACAAAAACUCUUUGAAAAAUGUUCAUUAUGUGGUUAAUAGUGAAAGAAACCUCAACAUUGUAACUCUUACUAUGCACCCUGAUCUUUCUCUACUGUCACUAAUCAUUUUAUGUCUACCUGUACAGAUAAAUGCUGUACAUGUUUUGCUAUGAAAUAAACGUAUUUGUUGUGAUUAUUUUGUCAUUUGCAUGAUUCUGUCAAACCAACUGCUAAGUAGCUUAGUUAUUUCGUAAAUUAUUUAUUUAGUUUGGCUGAUUUCAUAUGCAAAAAUGUGUAUUUUGUGUAACAUUUUUGUCAGUAAAUACUACAAUAGUAGCAGAUGUGUGUGAAGAUUUAGGCCACAUACACAUUGUCUUCCGUUGUUGAUAUUAUUUAAUGAUAAUGGCAGUAAUUUCAUCUGUGGAUCCUCAGCUCAGUUUGGUCUCCUGCUGUCAAACAACUAGGCUCACUUACAGCUAACAUGAAACUGCUUACUGAAAACACAGUCAUAUUGCUUUAAACACAGAGGCCAGCGCUGUUCUCAAAGAAAGCAGUGUAUUGUUCUUCGCCGAAAGUACUGACAGUGACUCGUCACAGCAUCGCCCUACGCUAAUGCUGGGGUCCAUCAAAACAACACUACCCUGUGACCUGUAAGGCUCAUAUACAAGGAGACAUUCACUCGGAAUAGUCUAGUAGAACCAUACUUUCAAACCACUCUAGGGGAAGCUGUUGCCAUUUUUACAGUUUUGGUUAGUUUACAUGCUGUCAUCAUUUCGGUGGAAAGUUGAGACAGUGCACAUCUUAAGUGAUUGAGUGCACACAUUUGAAGUUUCUCCUACUUUACAAAGGGUCUGAUUUACAUAAACAGGUUCAAAUAUAUGUGUACCCCGCCUCUCGCCCGAAGUCAGCUGGGAUAGGCUCCAGCAUACCUGUGACCCUAGUGAGGAUAAGCGGCAUAGAAGAUGGAUGGAUGGACGUUCAAAUACAUACAGUACAUACACACCCACUAAUCCCUGCUUAAAGUAGUAUCAAUGAGUUUCUGGCAUAAUUCUGGCUGGUUAUUUGACCACUUUUCUUGGCAAAAUUGGUAUUAUUUUAAAUUGUGUUGGUUUGCUAUGCAUUGUCCACAAAGUUUAGCUUACGUUUAUUGAUAUUUUAAUAAAAUGAUCUUUUUUUUAAUCGUAAUUAUCUUCAGAAUUGGACUGCAAAUUUUAUGAGGGAUUGAACUAAGAAAUCAUUGCUGUCUAAUCUCGAAAUGUUCAGACUUUUUUAUGUU